AUGAGCAACAUUGAAAAGGCUUUAAGAAAAAAGAUUUCACAAAUGAAAAAGGAUCAAGAAGAUCUCUAUACUAUCAUUGAUAUUUUAAAGAAACCUUAUGAAAGAAGAACUUAAAGAGAUUUGGAUCAACUACAGCCGCUCAUUAAGAAUAUUUAGUUCUUUAAGGAGAAAAAAUUAAAAGACAAAGAUCUCAUUGACAUCUGCAAAAGGCUGAGAUAUCAGUAUCAUGGACCAGGCAAAAAUGUCAUAAGUUUCGGUGAUAGAGGGGAUCAAUUUUUUAUAGUUCUAGGAGGACUCGUGGGUGUGUUUGUUCCAAUAUAAAAAUAGACUGAUGAAUAAAAGUUGGAACCUUUACCUCCAGUAGCUUUACCCUUAAAAUUAUCCUUAGGAAGAGAAUUCAGUCAUAAUGUUAGAGUCUCACCUCUCAUUCAACCAUAACUUAAUCAUUCGAAGAAAUCUGCUAAUGUAGAACCAUUCAAGAUAGAUCCAUCUCCAUUAAAGCUUAAAUUUGAAAAGCUUAGCGAUUUACUCAAUUAGUAAUCUUCUAAAGGUCGAAAUGGGAUCGAGGCGUUUUAAUCUUCCCAAGAAGAUAGAAGUGUAGCUGAAAAUUAAAUAUCCGAUGUAUAAGAGUAGCAUGAAGAGUCUGACGGUGAGAUGCCUUUGAAUGUUAUUGAUGGAUAUAGGGAGGUUGCUCAGCUUGGGGCUGGUAAAAGCUUCGGUGAACUUGCUCUUACUAUUAACAAACCUAGAAUGGCUACAGUUCGUUGCUUUUUAGAGACUCAUUUCGCUACUUUAGAUAAAUAUGACUAUGAGACUUCAUUAAUGAAAAUAGAGCGAAAGCACUAGAAUAAGAUGGUUUAAUUUAUGCUAUCUAUUCCUUGCUUCAGGCAGUUUACAAAGAAUUCAAUCUUAAAGUUUAGUUACUAUCUAAGAAAAGAAAAGCACAGAAGAGGGUAGAUUAUAUACUUAAAUGGAGAGCCUGCUAACUAUAUAUAUAUUAUCAAGAGUGGUGAAUAUGAGGUAUCCAGAAAAAUACCAAAAGAUAUAAGCAAAAAAAGAGAUAACUUUCUCUAGGCAUUUGGAGUUAAGAACUAGAAGAGUAAUAUCUUUAGCUAGAAAUUAGGGAAUGAAAUUGAGGAUGUGCCUACAACUUAAAAUUUUAUGAUUGUAAGUAAAGGUAGCAUGAUUGGUGAGGAAGACGUAGUUAGUAAUGUAUCAAAGGCAUAUUCUUGCACUGUUAAAUGUGUAACUUUGAAAGGUUCAGCAUUCAAAAUAGGCAGAGAUGAUUUUCUGACUCUGAAGCAAUCAGAUGAUGCUUGGAUGAGUAUCCUUGAAAAAGCUAUGUGGAAAGAAAAGUAAAAGGGAGCUGAGCAUAUUGCUGACAAAUAGAAAAGAGUGAAUGAAUAGAAGUCAAAUAGUGGGGUAAUUUAUGAUCUUAGUGACCACCAACUAGAAUCCGUUCGGGUUUCAAUGAAAAAAUGGGAAGAGGAAAAGCUAAAGCAACUUAGUGAGGCUCCCUCCCCAGUUAAACAUCUCAAAUAGUAUGAAAUUCAGACUGUUAGUCAAGCCACCUCAUUAUCUUUAGGAAGACAAACACCAUCCAUAAAUAGCAGUGAUAAGUCUAAAUUAGUAACAAAAUUAUAUAAUCACACAACUCGACAUCUUUUUGAUUCAUCUGUAAUAUCAUUGACCAAUAAAAUUACAAGCAGUUCAGUCCAGUAUAGGACACAAGAUCUUUCAUAAUAGAAGCAAUCAGAUUAUAAUUAGCAAUACUAGUAGCAAACUUUAAAUUUGCAGCUUCCAAGCAUUUUCCAAAUGUCUUCUAGAAAUUAAACAACAAAUGCAAAUUAAAGUCUAGAAAACUCUACAUUACAUAAAUAUGAUGCAAUAAAAUCAAUUACUACAGAUAACGAAAGUGAAAAUUUUAAUAACCUAAGUAUAGAUAUAGAAGCAAAACUUGCCAAAAAUAACUUGAGUCUGAUUAAUUCUAGACUCAAGAAUUACCCUUAGAUUAGUUUAAACAGCAAACUUGAGAAAAGUCAAAGUUCUAUGCACAAAUCUUAAAGCCCUACAACAUAUGUUAAUAGAUCUGCAAAUCAAUCAAAACUUUAACAAAUCAUCAAGAUGCCACAAGCUUAUCUCUUUGAUAAAAAAAAGUUAAACUAAAGAAACAAAGAAAGGAUAAGUUAAGUUGAAACAGCUCUUAGCCAAUCUAUCAAUGGAGGACUGUCAGCAAACAGCAAGGAUGUUAUGUCAAUGAGACGUUUCAAGUUGAGUCAAACAAAUAAAAUACUAGAUAACUUUGAAAAAGACAGAGAUACCAACAAUAAUUCAAAACUUAUGAACAUUAAGGAGCAAAUCAAUGAGAACAUAGAUGAGGAAAGCAAGUAAGAGUUGCUAUUCAAUGCUAGAUAUCGAAGUUGA